ACCCCGGAAGAGCACGCUGGGAGUAGUUCCGGUUGAGAGAGAAAUUCUGCAUGUCACUGCUAUAAAGAAGGGUUUUAUAUAUAACUAUUAUUUUAAUUAAAAAAAGAAGGAGGGUUUAUUAAAGAUGUCUCGCGGCUCGAGCGCCGGGUUUGAUCGCCAUAUAACCAUUUUCUCCCCGGAGGGAAGACUUUAUCAAGUGGAAUAUGCGUUUAAGGCCAUUAAUCAGGGUGGUAUGACGUCGGUGGCUGUGCGAGGGAAAGACUGCGCCAUCGUCGUUACACAGAAAAAAGUUCCGGACAAGCUCCUAGACGCCUCUACAGUUACUCACCUGUUCCGCAUCACAGACAACAUCGGCUGUGUGAUGUCCGGCAUGACGGCUGACAGCAGGUCUCAGGUGCAGAGAGCUCGUUACGAGGCAGCGAACUGGAUGUACAAAUACGGCUACGAGAUUCCAGUAGACAUGCUCUGCAAGAGGAUCGCCGACAUUUCACAAGUUUACACACAGAACGCUGAGAUGAGACCACUCGGCUGCUGUAUGAUUGUGAUCGGGAUGGAUGAGGAGUUGGGGCCGCAGGUGUAUAAAUGUGACCCUGCAGGUUAUUAUUGUGGCUUUAAGGCCACAGCAGCCGGAGUGAAACAGACUGAAGCCAUCAGCUUCCUGGAGAAGAAAGUCAAGAAGAAACAUGACUGGACCUUCGAGCAGACCAUCGAGACGGCGGUCAGCUGCUUGUCCACGGUGCUGUCCAUCGAUUUCAAGCCGUCUGAGCUGGAGGUGGGAGUGAUUACAGCACAGGAUCCCCGGUUCAGGAUUCUCUCUGAAGCAGAGGUAGAUGCUCACCUGGUGUCUCUAUCUGAGCGAGACUGAGGAAGAACCAGGUGCAUUGUGGGAAUUGUGUAGAAGCGAUGAACGCUAUGUUUUCCUGUACAUCUCUCUGUAUGAUUAAAAUUGUUUUUGAAGAAAAA